GCCAUUUUCUUCUUAAUUCGUACGAUCUCCAUCCCACAACGCUGUCCUUCGUCUCUCCCUCUUUCUUCUCAUUUCUUGCUCUUUUCACUCCUCGAAUUCCAUCCUUUCCAUCCUUCGCUUAUCCAUCUCCUUUUGUUCUAAUUCUUCUUUUUCUCGAACGCUUUCUCCCUUUUCUUCUUCUUGCAAAUAUCUUUCCGUAUAUUCAAACGUUGUUGUUCUUCUUCUUCUCCCCCGGUACUUCGCAUUCAACGCUCUACCACUUCUACACAUCUUCAAUAUGUCGACCUUCUUCUACGGCCAACAGCACCAGCACCCUCACGUCGCUCACAUGCAAAAUAACCACCACGGAGGCCGCUCCCGGAGAGGACCCAAGAUGGCCGCCCAGAACACCCAGCAGCGCCAGUUCCGCGGAGUCAAGAGCAUGAGAGAACUGGCUGAGGCUCCCGCAGUGUCUGCCUUCCGGGCCAGAUUCGAAGCUGGGCGGUCUUUUGAUUUGGAUGACGAUUUGGAGUUUUGCCCGGGUCUCCUGACCGAGGACGAUCUGCAUUCCAUCCACUCCGCCUCUUCCGAUCGCUCGUCGCUGUCUAGCGGCUCUCCCGACACCUCUCCCCUCCAACACCAGAUCCAGCCUGUCCAGCAGCAGGUCACUCCUUCCAUCUCCUUGUCUCCUGCUUCCGCCAACUCCUACGUCCACUCGGGUGUUACUGGUAACCCCGCUCAGAUGAACUUCCAGCAGCCAUCUUCCGCCAGGACCCGCAAGGUUAUCCCGAUCGUCAAUCCUGCCACCGGAAUGACCUUGACUAGCCCUCCCACCUCCAUCUCUCCAUCCAUGAUGCACAACCAGCGUCGGUGGUGAGAUCGUCCUAGGUACUAGCGUCAAGCCGGCUUCUAGUUGGGGACAUAUCCUGCCCUUGUCUCGCCUCCUGCAUCAUCGGGUUUCUAUCAACCACGGGUCUUGUUUUUUUCGCUUUAUUGAUUUUCUUUCAGUCGACAUAAAUGUCUCACUAUACCACGACUUGACCGACAGAUUACUUUCGCCCUCGUUUUUCACGAAAAAGAUAAAGCAGUGUUUCAUUGUAUAUACAACCUUCUAUUCCGGAUGACGACCUCUUUCUUCGCAUUAGAUUAUCUGCGAUAUCUCGGCUUUCUGCGAGCGACGGCGCCUGCGACUUUCGAUUUUGCUGCAUUACUCAAACUCAGUGAUACCUUUUUUUUUUUUUUUCUUUUUUUCUCGGUUGGCAAC